AUGGCUCCUCUUAGUAGCUGGGUGUUAUUUAUCUGCUUCGCCUUAUCCUUUUGCUUCGGCUCCAUAGUCCCAAUCCUCAAUGUCACUUCUGCAACUUCCUCCUUUACACUCCCUCAAGCUCUCCACCCCUUCCUCAAUGGCUCCUCUUCUCUCUCCAAAACUGCGCCACCGUCGCCGUCGAAGACCGUCGCCGUCGAAGUGGUUCGAUUGGCGCCUCACCCCAAGUACAAGAGGCGUGUCAGGAAGAAGAAGAAGUACCAGGCUCAUGACCCUGAGAAUCAGUUCAAGGUAGGGGACCUCGUUCAGCUUGAGAAAAGCAGACCUCUUAGUAAGACCAAGACUUUCGUUGCUGUCGCCGUUCCACCCAGGGGUUCCAAGAAGGAUGAAGCUUCCGGGGAGAUUGGAAUUCCAUUGGAAUCGCAGCAGGAGCAGCAGCCAGUCGCUUAGGGUGAUGUGUCAAUUUUCUGUUUAAUUUGUUGAUUGUGCUUUACCUUCGUUGAAAUUGUUUCGGAUUUAGAGUUCUCAUGAUGUGUCCUUGAUGGAUAUGUAUGGCAUACAUUUAUUUGAGCUUGUUCAAUAUUCAAUAUUUUGAAUCAUAACGCUUCUGAACUUCUUUAGUAAGGGUUUUAAGUAGAGCUCAAUAAAUACACUUUUGAAAG